AUGCCGAUCCAGAAAGUGCAUGCCCGUCAGAGCUUCGACUCCUGCGGCAACCCCACCAUCCAGGUGGAAGUCACCACCGAAGAGGGGGUCUUCCGCGCAAGAGUGCCCGACUCCGGCGAGAACAAGGAGUGUGACUUGCAUGAUGGUGGCUACAUGGGAAGUGGUGUCUCGAAGGCAGUCGACAGCGUGAGGUCCAAGAUCGCACCUGCUCUCAUCGGCAAAAACCCGACAGAUCAGCAACUUAUCGACAAGAUCAUGCUGGAGUUGGAUGGCACGGAGGACAAGACCAACCUGGGAGCCGAUGCCAUUCUAGGCGUGUCCCUUGCCUGCUGCAGGGCUGGCGCCGCAGAGAAGGGCGUUCCCCUCGCCGAGCACCUCAACGACAUCGCCGGCAAGCCCCUCAUGAACGCGGACGACGUGAGAUGCCGAGAAAGAUGCUGA